UUUCAUGUCAGUUCCGGUGUUAUGCUGAGAAAUGCAUGUCUGCUAAGAAAUGCAUUCACCUCGCAGGUCAAUACAGAAUAUAUGAGACCAUAGACUAUAAAUAUUAAGUGUCAGAUACAUUUUCUACACUGCCGUAUUUUAUUUUGCAUCCACCGUUAAAUUAAUCUACGGACGCUUUAGAGUCAAACACUUGUUUUGCAGCUCAGGCUUUGAAAACCCUGCUGCUACCGAGCCUCCACAACAAUACGGACAUUAAACGUUUAGCUUUGAGCCGAGAGACAAAAACAUGGGAAGAAAGAAGAAAAAGCAAAUGAAGCCUUGGUGCUGGUACUGUAACAGAGACUUUGACGAUGAGAAGAUUCUCAUUCAGCAUCAGAAGGCCAAACAUUUCAAGUGUCACAUCUGCCAUAAGAAGCUGUACACUGGUCCCGGGCUCGCAAUCCACUGUAUGCAGGUACAUAAAGAGACCAUCGACGGAGUUCCUAAUGCGAUACCUGGACGGACAGAUAUAGAGCUAGAAAUAUACGGCAUGGAAGGGAUUCCAGAAAAAGACAUGGACGAGAGGAGAAGAGUGUUAGAACAAAAGAACCAAGACACUCAGAAGAAAAAGCAGAAUCAAGAUGAUUCUGAUGAGGACGAUGAUGAUGACGAGCCGGGUCCUUCCUUCCAGCCGCCCGCUGCAGUUCAGCCGCAGCCAGGCAUGCUUCCUGGCUCGGGUACACCAGGGAUACCACCGGGCAGCUACUCAGGAAUUCCUCCCAUGAUGCCAGGUGUGCCACCCAUGAUGCCAGGAAUGCCGCCCUUACUGCCAGGAAUGCCUCCAGGGAUGAUACCAAUGGGCGGGAUGAUGCCUCCAGGUGCAGGGAUGCCGCCAAUGAUACCAGGAAUGCCACCAGGCAUGCCUCCCCCUCUGGCCCACCGUCCAAGCAUCACACACAUGGCUCAGGUUGCUGCUGCUGCAAACAUGCUGACUAGACCAACAGUUCCUGCUGCCUCUCAGCCCUCAGCCCAGCUGGAUGUCUCCAAGCCUCUCUUCCCCAUUGCUGGACAGAUUGGCAGUCGUGUUGCAAGUACAACCGCAGACCCGUCAUGUUCAGACUCUCAGUCUUCCUCUCCUAAAGCUCUGUUCUCUAUCACAUCACAAAUCCAGCAGGCAGUAUCAGGGUCCCCUCACUUCCCCCCCUCCACAUCCUCUGACCCUACAAAGUCCACAUUUCCAAACUACACGCAGGCCACUGUAGCAGGGUCCAGCCCCAACGCUGGUAGCAGUAUAGUCUCCAAACCUCCCUCCACUGUGACCAGUAAGCCUGCCACCCUCACCGCCUCCAGUGCAACCAGAGGAGUUUCGAGCUCAGCUGCCCAGAUACCAGCGCAGUCUUCCCCGCCAAGGCCAGACGGCCGCCGCCUCCCAGUCAGUGGGUCCCAUGGGUGGCAUGAUGUCUCCUCAGCAGGCCAGCAUGAGGCAACCCUUACCUGGCCAGUAUGGGGGUCCACCCCAGGGAAUGCCAGGCUACAUACCAGGGAUGCCUCCAUACGUACAGGCCCCUCCUGUGGGUCCCCCAGGGUACCAGGGAGCCCCUCCGCGCCCCCCUUUGGGUAUGAGGCCCCCCGUCAUGUCUCCUGGAGGCCGCUUCUGAAGCCCACCUCCCUCUCUUCAAUAGGUUUGGACACUCAACCCUUUUCUAAUGUCCUCAGCUGCUAGUAGACAAACCAGUAUUGGUGUUUUAGUAGCACACUGACUGUUUACUACUGAGCUGUGAGGAAGAGACACUGAACACACAGCAAACACAAGAGGUUUAACAGCAUCACAGAGGGCAUGGGGGGAAUAUUGUCACUAAUCCAGACUGUUGUUUCAAACCAUCUCUGUUCUGUGGCUUUUUUCUCAUGUUUCAUUCAGGUGUGUAGAAGUGUAGUAGAUUUGGUUCGUAGUGUUGUGAAGGCGCUGGAGUUACAUGGGCAGUACCCCCCCUCCCCCCUUUAUCAAGGCAAGUUUUUCUGUGAAUACUUCUCUAAACAGUGAGGCCUUCACAGCACACAGUGCUGUUGGACUUUAUGUCCCCAACUUUGUUUGGUGAGGGCUUCAUGUCUCUGUUUAUGCUCUCUGCUGUUUUCUGUUUGAUUUGGAGUAAUUACUCCCUUAAACUUCAGCAGACGAAGUUCUUAAUGAUGGUAAACGUAUUGUUCUAAAUCUGUAUUGUAAUAAAAUGUGGCAUAAAUGUAAUCGAGACGUCACAGCAGGUUUGUACUCCAGUAAUAAACGACAUUGUGAUUUUGUUGUCUUGAAGAUGAACUGUAUUUAAUGUGCAUCUCUCCUUUCAUUGUAUUUAUAGAUGUUGGUAUGUUUCCUUUAUCUGUCAGUAUACUGAUGCUCUGUGCACAUCACAUGCAGACUAGCCUGCACUGACUUGACUGUACAGCAGCAUGACUUCUGGCUCGCUCAUGGCUGUAGUGCUAAAACUCAGAUUUCUCUUCUCCCUGUAGCGAUGCCCUGGGGGACUGGCUGAGGCCGUGUCUCAGUGUAGCCCUGUUCAGCCUGAGGCAAGUCUCACCGUUUUCUGUUUCUCAUUCAUUAGCAGGGGCCCUCACAGCGAGCUCGCUGUUGGAUCUACAUGUCCCCAAACUUGCAGCAAGUUUGGUGAAGGCCCUUGUUUGUGUUGUUGCGUAUCCAGGCAUGUUAGCUCAUGUGAAAAACAGGUUCAUUCUUUCUAAUGAGGCUGAAAUGUGCUCUGUUUCUGAUUGGUCAGAGCAUUAAAACGCUCGGUUUUCAUUUGAUAUCUUAACAUUUACAGCUAUCAAAUGAAAUUCUUUAAUCCUCAUUAACUUAUCCCAAAGUGUAAAACAGUGAUGGUCAAAACUCAAACACUGGGACAGACCCUUCCUCCACAUGUUCUCUAAAUGUCAUGCUUGUUUGAGGGUUUGUGAUGAACACGUUACCUUUCAUAUGCUUGUUAAACUCAACCCUGUUUGUUUUAUCAGCUGUCCUCACUUGAUCAUUUGAGUUUAAUGAAGGAGAGUCUCUGCCACUCACAGGUUAGUUAAAGCUGUAAGUACCACUGCGUUUUUUCCUUCUGUCCUGUUUUUUUGUUUCACAAGUAGAGGAAUUCAUGUUUCAUCUUGUUAAGGUUUACAACAACGGCAGCCAAUAUUUCAGUUUGAUAACUUCACAAUAAAUCAGGGUUGAUUCUUGAGUUGAAACAUGUUCAAUGGUUCUGCCUGAUGUGAGCAGCAGCUCAACGUGGUUUUGAAAACUCAACGCAUGCUCUCGAUUUAAUGUUCUACUCGAGUCAUCGCAGGCACAGACUCCACUGGUAAGUACUGGCUCAUGUCUUUGUUAAAGAUGCUAAACCAGUUAACUUAUUGUGUGUCUUUAAACCUGCUCAUCAGUUCAGUUAAAUGAAAAGGUUUCACACAUCUUCUGCUUUUAUCCACUUCAUUAUUAGUCUGAACAUCAUCUGCUACUGGGUCAGAUUUAAAGGUUUGGAAGAGACACUUUUCUGCUUUUAAGUUCAGUCCAAUCUUCAGUUUUAAUAAUGAGUACAUGUGACAUCUUCACCACAGUCUGGACGUUCUUUUAAUAAACCACUUUAUUCAACUCUAA